GGUUGCCAGGCAACGCACAGUCGGGGCGCUGGCGGCGCGGGGAUCUGCAGGGCCAUGGGGCCACCGCGCCUCGCGCCGCUCCUGCUGGUGCUCCAGGGCUGCUGGGCCUCGGUGAGCGCCCAGGACGGAGCCACCCCGGCGGCGACUAUCGAGGACCUCAACUCCACCGAGCCAGCCCCGGCCACUCUUGGACCCUCCCUGUCGCCCAGGACCCCAGGGGCCCCCAGAACCCCGGAGCCCCCCAGAACCCGGGAGCCUUCUUCCCGCCCCAGGCCCACCCCGGUUACGGACGUUGCUGCUCUGUGUGUCUGUGACUUGUCCCCAGCACAGUGUGACGUCAACUGCUGUUGUGAUCCUGAUUGCAGCUCCAUGGAUUUUAGUGUCUUUUCUGCCUGCUCAGUUCCACUUGUCAUGGGUGAUAGCCAGUUUUGUAGUCAAAAAGCAGCCAUCUAUUCAUUGAAUUUUACUGCAAACCCACCUCAAAGGGUGUUUAAACUCAUCAACCAGAUCAAUCCAUCUAUUUUCUGCAUUCAUAUUACAAACUAUAAACCUGCAUUAUCCUUUAUUAAUCCAGAAGUGCCUGAUGAAAACAAUUUUGACAGAUUGAUGAAAACGUCAGCUGGUUUCACAUUGAAUGCAGAAUCGGAUGUUUCUUUCUCAGCCAAAUUGGAUGAUGCGAAUACUGCUAAAUAUGAGUAUGGGGCUCAGCUGCAGACUUCGAAUGACUCUUCAGAAGCCGUGCACGAGCAGGCUUUGCGACCGCGACAGCCUGGGCUGAAGAGGCCUGGCAGCGCCAACUGGAUUUCCUCUUCCACUACCCACAGUUGCUGCUGGGGCACUGUGAUGAGUGAGCACUCACCACCAGCUAGCAGCCCACUUACUUGUCGGACACUUCCAGCGUUUCUGGUGAACCAGGCUGUUAAGUGCACCCGAAGGAUAAAUUUAGAACAGUGUGAAGAAAUUGAAGCCCUUAGCAUGGCUCAUUACAGCAGCCCUACAAUUUUGAGGGUGCCUAAUUCAGGAAUAGAGGUUCCUAUCACUAUCCAAUCCAUCGUCAUUCAGUCUCUAAAUAAAACGCUGACCCGACUGGAACACACCGAUGUGCUGUGGCCAGCUCUCGCCAGUGCUGGGCAGGAGAGAAUCUGCAUUAACGUUGUUCUUGAGGUAAAGUACAGCCUCACAUAUACAGAUGCAGGCGAAAUAACAAAAGCCGCUCUCUCAUUCCUUCUGGGGACAGUUAGCCGUGCAGUGAUUCCCCUGCAGCAGAAGUUUGAAAUUCACUUCAUUCAGAUUAUCUGGGGGCAUGUCUUCACUGUCUUUCAGCAAGAAACAGAGCCGGUGCCUCUCAGUGGAAACCCUGGUUAUGUCGUGGGGCUCCCGGUAGCGGCUGGGUUUCAGCCUCAGAAGGGGUCCGGGAUCAUUCAGACAGCGAAUAGAUUCGGACAACUCACUAUCCUCCACAGCUCGGCUGAGCAGGACUGUCUAGCCGUGGAGGGGAUCCGGACCCCAGUGUUGUUUGGUUACAAUAUGCAAUCUGGCUGCAAGCUGAGACUGACCAGUGCCAUCCCAUGUCGGUUAGUGGCGCGGAAGGUGAAGGACCUGCUGAGGGGCCAGGGCUUCCCAGAUUAUGUGGCCCCAUUUGGAAAUUCCCGGGCUCAGGAUGUGCUGGACUGGGUGCCUGUCCACUUCACCACCCUGUCAUCCAACGUGAAGGAUUCUUGCCAGCUUCCCGUGGCUUUGGUUAUAGAAGUGAAGUGGACUAAGUACGGGUCCCUCCUGAACCCACAGGCCAGGAUAGUCAACGUCACUGCCAAGCUCGUUUCCUCCUCAUUUCCUGAGGCCAGCGCCGGAAAUGAAAGGACAGUUCUCAUUUCCUCUGUGGUGACUUUUGUGGCAGCGUCCGCACCUGCAGAGCCGGGCUUCAGAGCUCGGCCCGCCAUCAACGCCAGGCUGCCCUUCAACUUCUUCUUCCCAUUUGUGUGACGUAAGUGGUCCCUGGAGGAUACCGAGUCCCACCUCGGGUCUUCACCUCUGGAACGUGUGCACAUGGGGCCACAGUCCCUGAGACAGCCCACUUCCUCACCUCCGCAAGCCUUGGUGUUGCCCCCAAACCAGCACAUGCUGCCCCUGGACUGGCUCCGGCUCUCUUGUCUCCUUCUGGAGAUUUCACUCUGCUUGGUUUGGAUUUAGAGUUGGUCACGGAUGGAAAUGGUUUUUGGGGGUUGGUGGAAAGAACAGACCCCAAAGUAGCGAGCAUGUCAGGGAUCUACUGGUUUACUCAGCCCUGCUGUAAUGCAAGUUAUUUUUAAAAUUUUCAUUGUUUCUA